UUGAUAUUGAAAACGAAAUCAUCUCUUUUAUUUGGCAACCGACUAUUUCGAAGUUGAAUACCUCAACAUUUUGGUCCAAUCGAGCCGGAUCGGUGCCAGAUAGAAGGCGAACACACCCAAAAAAUAACAACCGUUUGGAUCAACAGGAUUUUAAUCAAGCCACCAACAAACAUCAUCGUUGGAUUAAAACCCGCCGGCAAUUUUUACCGCAGCAACAGGAUUUCAUCAAGCCACCAACAAACAUCAUCGUUGGAUUAAAACCCGCCGGCAAUUAUUACCGCAGCAGAAGGGAACAAACAGGUUAAACACUUACCCACCCAACUCAACAAAUUCACCAAAGGCAACAUACGUGGAAAGUAUUUGACAUGGCUCCUCUAAACAACAGCAGAGCAUCCCACAACCGACGCAGCAGCCCAGCCACUACCGUGCGAUCACUCAGCGUGACCCGAAGCAUCACCCCACUCCCUGAAGAAGGGACCCUGGCGCGACGUCUACAACGUUUUAAAUCGACCCUUUCCCCAAUUCGUGAAGAAAGAGGAAGUACACACCGCACGGCACGGCGUACUAUAACUCACCCAGCAAAACGCACUUACAAACACGUAGCUUGCGGAAUAUGCAAGAAAGAUCACAGAUUGGUGACAUGUUCCAAUUUUACAAAAAUGAACUUAAACGAAAAGUUUGACGCAGUUACCAAGUACAGGUACUGUGUCAACUGCUUGGCCAGAUCACAUCAGACCCAAAAAUGUACAAGCGAAAAACGAUGCAACACAUGCAAUGGGAAACACCAUUCGAGUCUUCACGGUCACCCCAGGUUGUUCUGCAAAGAACCAACCAAAUCAACAAACAUCGAUAAGAGAUACAAAAGACCCAAUGAUGUUCCAACAUUACUGGCCAAGCCGACUCUCAUACCCACGGCGAUGAUAAAAAUGAAACACAACGGAAAAUGGAACAAAAUCCGAACAAUAAUCAACCCGACCCGUAAAUUAUCAAUAAUCGCAUCAGAACUGGUACAAAAGUUGAGGCUACCAAAAACGUAUCUUGACUCACACCGUGUGUGCAAGGUUGUUAUAGGAUCACUCACUGAUCCGGACUGGCAGGUGGAAAUCAACUGCCUUGUAACAAACGAGUUACCGACCCGACCCUAUAAUCGUGACAUAAGUGGCGAAAUCAUGAAGAAGUUCGACCACUUAGUCCUAGCCGACCCGAUGUUUUUUAAAGAUGACAAAAUCUUAUUGGAACUCGGGGCAGAUACGUAUCCUAAAAUUAUGAAACCCGGAUUAUUCAAUCCCGACAACGGCACUGUGAUCGCACAAAACACUGCACUCGGUUGGACCCUCACCGGUGCUUGUGCGAUGUAACACUAAGUACACAAAAACCCAAUUACAAUAUUACAUCAACUCAAUCUUGAAACAAUCAAUUAAUAGCUUUUUUUCGCAGACCCUUCAAGGCGGCCGGGAUGUUCAUACCAAAUGAACACAUCCCUGCAUUGUCCUCUAAACUGGUCGAAAGACGAAUUAGAGGACAAUGCAGAAACACCAACCGCACCAACAUAUCUAAUGAGAAUCAUUCUUAUAAGAAUACAACAAGCAAAGGAAGUGCAAAAUAAGCGGACGGACAACCAACCACUCGAUCACCACAAUAAUCAGGAUCAGGAAGUAACCAUCCAACCAACGCGGGAAUACCCACCACAGGUCAUAUACAAGAUUAUAAGAUAUAAUUUCAAUUGUAAUUAACACUUAAGGUAUUAUAUACGGUGCUAUUUUACCUAACCCACCCUCUCAUU